AUGCAGGCCGUUAUAAGCCACCUGGUGCCCCAGGCCACUAUCCAACAUGUUCAGGCUGUCUCCUCGGUCCAUUGCCAGCGCGCCUAUGGAGUCAAGAUUUCUGACGGAACGAGUCUUGUCCUCGUCGUCCCUCCACCGCCGAUGGUCAAGCUCCUUCGAUCGGAGCGAGCCUCCGUCGUCUCGGAGGCGGCCGUCCUGAGAUGGCUCGCAAACAAGAUGACGGAACAGCCCCUCCUCCAAGAGCGAACACCAGAACCAGAUGAAUCUCUCGACACCGAAGUGGCUGCGACCGGGAGGGCUGGAGACCUCAGUUUUACCGUCGACGGGGCAAAAGAUCUGCAGGGUUUCCUCCCGAGGCUUAUAGCUCACACGGCAACAUCCCACGAGACUGGUCGCGAAUUCAACCUUAUGCGGCCGACUAUGGGUGUCCCCAUUCCCGACCUCAGUCCACCUCUUUCCGCGCCCGAGCGAAAAACAAUCGAUUUUCAAACGGGGCACUUCUACAGGAGACUAUGUAGACUUGUAUCCCCGACAGGUCGCUUUGGGCCUGCGUUUGCCGUACUCCCCUCCGUGACGCCAGCUCCCGCGUCUGGCCAAGCGCGGCCAGUCAGACGAGACCUCAACGCCAGGUUGAUGGAGUUGAAAGGUGUUCAGUCCUGGUCGACAGCUUUUCAUUCCAUGCUGGAGGCCGUGUUGCGCGAUGGCGAGGAUAUGCAAGUCAUGUUGGGUUAUGGUUCCAUCCGCAAGCACUUCAAACGGUUCCAAUACACCCUGGACGAGGUCAAGACACCUCGUCUGGUGGCAGUGGACGUCGGAAAAGAUAUCAAUACUCUCGUAAUCAGGAGGCGACGCCGAAGGAGCACUGUGUCACCAGCCAGUAGCAGGCGGCCAAGCAUACGAGACGACAUUCGACGCGACAGCGGGGACGACGACAACAGUGAAACGGAGCCUGACGAGCUGCACCAGGCCACUAUCUAUAGCCAGGACGACGUUGUUAUGACUGGAAUGAAAGACUGGAGCAACUUCAUAUUUGGAGACCCUCUUUUUGCCAUGAAUUUCUGCCGCGGCCCUAGCCACGAUUUUCUUUCGGGUUUCAACGAUAACUCAUCUGACCAAAACCUUGAAUCGUCCAUGUUCUCUUCGGACAUGAUUGAAGACAAGGCAACCGCCCACAUCCGUCUCUUACUAUACGAGUGCUACCACACUACUACGCACAUUGCCAAGGAGUUCUUCCGGCCGCGUAAGGACAGUGGUGGACGUGAGCUAGAGGCACGGAAGAGGCUGAGCAGCAUUUUGGCACAGCUGGAUGCGCUGGAGGAUCUCGUCGACCGGAGAGGGAGAAGGCCGAGUGGUGAAGUGAGCCCAGCGAAGCGGUCGAAGAGUGGUGAGAAGGAUGUGUAG